UCAGCUUCUCUCUCCACAUUUACUACACACUCUUACUCUACAAUUCUAAUUUCUCACUAUUUAAAAUUAAAUCUUUUCUCAUAUAUAAAUACACACAAUGCAAGUAGAGCCACAUACCAAAAAAUUCAUCUUUUGUAGUUUACAUUAUCUCAUUUUCCGGUAAUGGGCCGGUCACCGUGCUGCGAAAAAGUUGGGCUGAAAAAGGGCCCAUGGACUCCCGAAGAAGAUCAGAAGCUCUUAGCUUAUAUUGAAGAACACGGCCAUGGCAGCUGGCGGGCCCUACCCGCAAAAGCCGGGUUGCAAAGAUGUGGAAAAAGCUGUAGGCUGAGGUGGACUAACUAUUUGAGACCUGAUAUCAAGAGAGGAAAAUUCAGUUUACAAGAAGAGCAGACAAUCAUUCAGCUCCAUGCCCUAUUAGGAAACAGGUGGUCGGCCAUAGCCACUCAUUUGCCGAAAAGAACCGACAAUGAGAUAAAAAAUUACUGGAAUACCCAUCUCAAGAAGAGGCUAGCCAAAAUGGGCAUCGACCCAGUUACCCACAAGCCCAAAAAUGACGCUCUCUUGUCCAGUGAUGGCCAGUCCAAGAACGCCGCCAAUCUUAGCCACAUGGCCCAAUGGGAGAGCGCCCGCCUCGAAGCCGAAGCCCGUUUGGUCAGGCAGUCCAAGCUUCGGCCCGGCCCAUCACCUCUCUUUCAGAAUCAAGGCUCCGAUCAAUUUGCCUCCACCUCGAACCAGAUCCAGAAGCCCGCCGGCGGCCCGGCCCGGUGCCUCGACGUGCUGAAGGCGGCGUGGAGCGGCGGCGGGAUUUCUCCGGCUGGGAUGGACGGUGACUUGGAAUCGCCGACGUCGACGCUGAGCUCCGCCGCCGGUAUCACGGACGGCGGGGCAGCCAAGGAAGAGUCGGAGGACGACUGGCGGCGCCACCUGGCGGAGUACAGGGACGGGGCAGGGGACUCGAUCCCCCCGCCGCCGCCGCUUCAGCCGGAGGAAUGGGAGUCGCCGCCGCCGGAGCAGGUGCCCGGUGGGAAUUUCGGUGAGAAGUUCACGGACCUCCUGCUCGGCGCCGCCUCCGGCGGACGGAGCGCGGCGGAGGACGGCGGCGAGUCGGACAACAACAGCGGCAGCAGCGGCGGCGCCGGUGGCGGUGAUUGUUACGAGGACGGGAAGAACUAUUGGAAUAGCAUUCUGAAUCUGGUGAAUUUUUCGCCUUGUGAUUCGCAGAUGUUCUGACUGCGGCAAAAUUCGUGUGCCACACGAUCACACACGCUCGCACGUGUGAGUGUGUAUAUCGUGUGGUACCAAUGGUUCAUCUGCCACUUUCUUUUUUUUUUUAUUUUUUCUUUCUUUUUUUGUUAGCCUUUGGGUUUUGUGUGUGUGGUUAUUAAUAUCAAAUGUGCGAUGUUGAUAUAGAGAAGUAGCUCCAUUUUAAUUGGUGAUUUCUAAGUUGAGAAAUGAAAUAGGGGCUCUGUUAAUAAUAAUCUUCUGCUAAUUAAUUUUUCUGAUUAUAAUUAA